AUGACCAUGAUACCGUCACUCUUUAACAGCACUAUACCUUCCUGCGCCUGUUCUGCGGCAUCCUUUUCUUAUCCGGAUCUAUUUGGUGCCGAGUUUCUAUCACUGGAAACAAAGUUUGUCGCCAAUUAUUCUACAAGCAUUCACACAGGGCUAUACACCAAUCAUGGAGCAGUCACCGUGUCCAAUGUAAACUUUUGCAACAUUACAGUCACUUAUACGCACCCGGGGCAAAAUGAUAGCGUCCACGUACAGGUCUGGCUCCCCUCGGAUACCUGGAAUGGCCGACUGCAGCACAUUGGCGGUGCUGGAUGGCAGGCUGGCCUGCACACUGCCGGUUUGAUGGGCAUGAUGGCUUCCGUGGGCGAGGGCUAUGCCACCGUGGGAACCGACGCUGGCUUGGGAUCAGACGUCUAUCCUACCAACUGGGCCCUGCUCAGCGAGGGCAAUGUCAAUCUCUACCUCCUUCAGAAUCUCGCCACGGUCUCGCUCAACGAUGCUUCCGUCAUUGCCAAAAGUCUAGCCACGAGCUUUUACAAAACCGCUCCCAAGUACUCGUACUUUUCCGGGUGCUCUCAGGGAGGUCGUCAAGGUCUCCAGCUUGCACAGCGUUAUCCUGAUGCCUACGAUGGUAUCGCGGCGAGUGCUCCGGCAAUCAACUGGAAUCAGUUUGUCAUGCAGGAUCUAUGGCCACUCUUCCUCAUGGACCAGAUGGGAGUGUACCCUCCCGCUUGCGAGCUUGAUGCCAUUACCGACGCCGCACUGAACGCUUGUGAUGGCCUCGACGGUAUUGUAGACGGCGUUAUCAAUGAUCCAGACAGCUGCAAUUUUGAUCCUGCCAGUUUGAUUGGAACCACCAUCAACUGCACAACGCUCGGAUCUGAUUUGGUCAUUUCUACAGAAGCGGUAGAUCUGGUCCAGAAAAUCUGGGAUGGUGCGAAACGAUCGGACAACUCGACCAUAUGGUAUGGUCCAUCCAAAGGAGCAAGCCUCACUGGAUCAAUCACAGACAUUGCAAUUGUCCCAACAACUUGCGCAUCCAACGGAACCUGUACUCGCGGCUCAUUCGAGAUUGCCGAAGACUGGGCAAAGCUGUUUGUCCUCAAGAACUCUAGUGCCUCGACCAUAAAUAUUUCUCACGAGGAAUUCGACCGAAUCGCCCACCUCUCUGCGCAAAUGUACGAAUCCAUUAUUGGGACUAGGGACCCGGACCUUUCCGAGUUUCGCGCUCGAGGCGGAAAGUUGGUUGGUUACCAUGGCACGACUGACACGAUCAUUCCUACACGUGGGAGCACGCACUACUACGAUGCAGUCACGGCCGUCGACGCGGACGUUCAUGACUUUUACCGUUUAUUCUUGGCUCCUGGCGUCAACCAUUGCUUUGGUGGAAAUGGAGCAUACCCAGCCGGAACCUUUGAUGCAAUGCGUGAAUGGGUAGAGAACGGAAUCGCCCCCGAAACCUUGGCCGCCACCUCUUUGGAUAGCACUCCUACUUUUGAGAGAGCCUUGUGUCCGUACCCGAAGAAGCAAGUCUACGAUGGCGUUGGGAAUGCCACUGCCGGAGAGGGUUUUACUUGCAUGUAG